GGCGGCUGCGGGGAGCCAGGCAUUUCCCUGCUGAGGGAUGCAGACACCACGGCCCCGGGAACCAGAGCUCUCGCCGCUGCAGCCCUUGCCGCCGGGAUGGGACGCUAGGAUCGUUUUCCUUCACUUCUCGCUCUUUUUAAUUUUUCCUUCUCCUUUUUUUUUUUAAUUUUUGAUUUUUCACCCCCUCGCCGUUUCGCAUCACUUCUCUGCCCAAAAAACCGACCGCAUCAUGGAGGCCCUUUGAUGCCUCCGCCCGCCGCGCCGGCUGCCCCCGCGGCUCAGGGAAGCCCUCCGGGCCGUGCCCCGCUUUCCCGAGGGGGCUCCCCGCGGCCCGGCCCGCCCCUGCCCCGCGGCACUGAGCCGGGAUGCCGCUGCGGCGGCCGGAGAGCCCCGCUGCCGCCUGACGGGGGGCUCUUCCUUCCUUCCGACGACGGGAUCCUGAAUGUCACCCCCGCGGCGGCCGCCCGCCCGCCCGCGACCGAGGCGGCGCGGGACGUGCCCAGCGCGGCGUGAGGAGCGCAGCCGGCUCCCCGGGGCGGCCGGGCGGCUUUCGGUCCGUGUUGUUGUUGUUAUUUUUUAAUAAACCGUUGAUUUUGGCCCCCAAAGCACACCCCAAAGCACGCCCCCGGCACAGCGCAGCGCCGGGCUGGACCGCGAGGAGUGAGCGCUGCUCGGCGGGAGCGCGGACGCGGAGAAGGAAAGAAAAUCUUACCAAGAUUCUCAGAUGGCUUAGACAAAUUAAUAAUAAUCUGUGAAAAUACGAAGUCGACCGGUUCUUGAUUUCCCCCCUUCCCUCCCCUCCAGCUCCCCAGCCCACUGCUGAGAUUGAGAUAAAAGGACCUGUUUCCUGGAGGACGAGGAGAACAGACACGUUUCUGGUGGUAUAGAAGGGACCGAUGGCAAUGCUUCAGAGUGUAUUUGAGACGCAGGAAAGAGAUUCAACCUGUUAACAAAAAAAUUAAGCAGGGGGAAAAUAUCAACGGGAAGGAAAGAAAUAUAUAUAUAUAUAUAUAUACACGUAUAUAUAUACAAUUUAGAAGUAUUCCCCAGGUGGCCACAAAGCAUGGGCUGUGUUCCAAGCACCAACCUCUCUGACAGCAGAGUGAUCUGUCACAGUAGCAAUGAGUCUGAGGAGUGCAAUUUCCCUCACCAGACCAACACAACCAUGUCUCAACAGCAGCAAGGCAACCCCGUCCCAGGAUUAUUCAUUAAAUGCUACAACACAUCCACUUAUGAGGCGAGGACUAAUUCCUCUAAGAAAGACAAGAGGGAGAACAGCCAGAGCAUGGAGGCAGAGGCCCAGACCGGCAGAUCCAGUGUUAAGGCACCAGUAACAGAUGUGCAGUUUGGCCCUAUGAGACUUCAUCAAGAUCAACUUCAGGUACUUUUAGUGUUUGCUGAGGAAGACGACCAGAGUAAUGGGUUCCGUUGGGCAUGUGAGAAAGCUGGAUUUCGAUGUAACAUUGCCAGGACACCUCAGUCUGCACUAGAAAGCUUUCUAGAUAAACACCAUGACAUUAUCAUUAUUGACCAUAGGCAUUCCAGAUACUUUGAUGCAGAAGCAUUAUGCAGGUCUAUCAGAACAACGAAAGCCUCAGAAAAUACAGUCAUUAUUUGUGUAGUACAAAGGCAUACUGACCGUGAGGAGUCAUCAAUAUUGCCCCUGAUCUCUGCUGGCUUCACAAGGAGAUAUAUAGAAAAUUCUAGUAGAAUGGCCUGUUACAAUGAGUUGAUUCAGCUGGAAUUUGGACAGGUACAGGCACAGUUCAAACUAAGGGCGUGUAAUUCAUUAUUUACAGCAUUAGAGAAAAGUCAAGAAGCCAUUGAGAUCACAAGUGAAGACCAUGUAAUACAGUACGUCAAUCCUGCUUUUGAAACAAUGAUGGGCUAUCAAAUAGGUGAACUAAUACAAAAGGAAUUAACAGAAGUGCCUAUAAAUGAAAAAAAAGCUGAUUUCCUAGAUACUAUUAAUUCCUGCAUAAAGAUAGGAAAGGAAUGGCAAGGAAUGUACUAUGCAAAAAAGAAAAACGGAGAUAGCAUACAACAAAAUGUGAAGAUACUACCUGUCAUCGGACAGGGAGGAAAGAUUAGACACUAUGUGUCAAUUAGUAGACUGUGCAAUGACAACAAUAAGGUGGAGAAGACAUGUGAAUGUAUUCAGGCUGAAUCUCAGACAGAUACUCAGACUUGCAGACACAAAGACAUGAGGAAAGGAUCCCUAGAUGUCAGAUCCACCACAUCACGAGGGAGUGAUGGCAGCUCACAAAGGCGUCGCUCGUCCAUGGCCAGGGUACAUUCCAUGACUAUCGAAGCCCCCAUCACCAAGGUAAUAAACAUCAUCAAUGCUGCACAAGAAAGCAGUCCCAUGCCAGUUGCAGAAGCUUUAGACCGGGCUUUGGAGAUUUUAAGAACCACUGAAUUGUACUCUCCGCAACUGGGGACAAAAGAUGAGGAUCCACAUACAAGUGACCUUGUUGGAGGGUUAAUGACAGAUGGUUUGCGAAGAUUAUCAGGGAACGAAUACAUAUUGUCAGCAAAACAAAUUCAUCAGGUCACUGGCAGUUUGAGCUCUCCAAUCUCCCUCAAUGACAUACCCCCACGGAUAACACAGGCAAUGGAAAAUGAAGAACAGUGGGAUUUCGAUAUCUUUGAACUUGAGGCUGCCACCCAUAAAAGGCCUUUGGUUUAUCUGGGUCUCAAAAUAUUUGCUCGCUUUGGAAUCUGUGAAUUCCUAAACUGUUCAGAAUCCACUCUGAGGUCAUGGUUACAAGUUAUUGAGGCUAACUACCAUUCCUCCAACUCCUACCAUAAUUCUACUCAUUCAGCAGAUGUACUACAUGCUACUGCUUACUUCUUGUCUAAAGAAAGAGUAAAGCAAACUUUGGAUCCAAUUGAUGAGGUUGCCGCACUCAUUGCUGCCACAGUCCAUGAUGUGGAUCACCCAGGAAGAACAAACUCUUUCCUGUGCAAUGCUGGCAGCGAGCUCGCGAUUCUCUACAAUGACACGGCGGUGCUGGAGAGCCACCACGCUGCCCUGGCUUUCCAGCUCACCACCCGGGAUGGCAAAUGCAAUAUAUUUAAAAACAUGGAGAGGAAUGAGUAUCGAACUCUUCGCCAGGUUAUUAUUGACAUGGUCUUAGCAACAGAAAUGACAAAGCACUUUGAGCAUGUCAACAAGUUUGUCAACAGCAUUAAUAAACCCUUGGCAGCGCUAGAAGAAAAUGGGAAUAAUGGUGAUGGAGAGUCAAUCAAAACUGUUCUCAGGUCUCCUGAAAACCGUAUCCUUAUCAAACGCAUGUUGAUAAAGUGUGCUGACAUUUCCAAUCCAUGCAGACCCAUAGAACAGUGUAUAGAGUGGGCUGGACGCAUCUCUGAGGAGUACUUUGCACAGACUGAUGAAGAAAGGAGGCAAGGUUUACCUGUUGUGAUGCCAGUUUUUGACAGAAAUACUUGCAGCAUCCCCAAAUCCCAAUUAUCAUUCAUUGAUUACUUCAUUAUUGAUAUGUUUGAUGCCUGGGAUGCAUUUGCAGACCUGCCAAAUCUGAUGGAGCAUCUGAAUAAUAACAUUAAAUACUGGAAAGGAUUAGACGGAAGGAAUCUGCGCGUCCUUCGACCACCACCAGAAUAGCAGUUGGAGCAUGUAUUACAGUAAGGCUAGCCCAUGCACUUGGGGAACUUUCAAACUCAAGAGAACACAAGGUCAGCAGUUGACUUCCACGAACUCCCAUGUGUGGACUCCGAUGAAAUAAGCCCACCAAGUGGAAUUACACUGGAUUGCUGCAGUACUUGUACUGAAGAGGGUUUAUUAGUGAACAUACUUUUGCGAUAUCUUCAUACCAGCGUGUGAAGCUGGAAGACCUUGAAGAAUCCUCACAGAAAGGACAUUCACUAGAAGAUUAUCUAUUAAUAGAGACUCACAGCUUUUAUGAGAAAGCUACAUGCUUUUUAUAAGCACUUAAGACAGUUACGUAGAACAAUCAAACACUUAAAAUGCAACUGUCUAUGAAAGAAUUUUUGAUCUAUGAAAAUAGAUGUACUGUAUUUUUUCACAUCACAGAAGGUGCAAUCAUUCACUUCUGAGCACUACUGAAAGUGAGUUCUCCUUAAGAAAUUUAGUAGCAAAUGUAAAAAAUAACACAAGAAUUUUUGAGGUUGAUCGUUAGCAUCUAUGAUUAAAAUGUUAUGUUUUAUUUAUUUUGUUAGAUGUUCAAUAUUUUCUAUGAAUUUAUAAAUACUUAAAAGCCAAAGCCAACUUUAGAUGCAUUAUAAAUUUACAUGAUUCAUACUCAUUAAUAUACAUUUAAUUGAUGUACAGACCUUUUAUUUUCAUAAUGCAAAUACAAAAUACUAUACAAUGAUACAUUUUUAUUGCACUGUAAGGAUAGAUGUGUAUGUUUAAAUAUUGUCUGAUUUAUGUUAAUUAAAAUAAGUUUUAUUGAAAAGGUCUCACUUGAGAAUAGUAGAAUAAACAUGAACUGUAUACUGUCUGAGCACCAGAACUGCAGUAGUUCUCCCACAAACCAGUGACGACCACCUGAUCUUCUCUUGGCUACAAAAAUAAUAUUAUGUUGGAACUCUUUGUUUUCUCCCAUGAAAUUUUACGACUGAAUUCCCUGUUAAAGUCUGCCUUAUUUUAUAAAGUAUUUCUAGAAAGCAUUCCACAGCAUAUAUGAAGAGGUGAUACUAAGCAUCUAAUGAAUUUCAACAUUUUAUAGCCUAUGUAUUUUCCUUUGCCAUGAAAGAAAAAGAACAUGAAACCACCAACAAAAAUCUUUAACUCAAGAAGUUUGUAAAGGCUGUGUACCUUCACAAUUUGAAUGAAACCUUCAUAGCAACUACCAGAAAAUAAUAAAAUGUAUAUUUUAAGAAG